AUGUCUUCCCCGGCCGUCUACGUUUCAGACAACGAAGACGAUAGUCAAAGAAUCCCUGUUCCCAGAGGGGACGAAGUUUUUACCCAAGCGGGAGAUAAAUUUAGUCCACAUUUCAGGUCCCAAUCGACCCAUGCUUCCCUUGGCGCCCUUCGUUGCCUUUGUAACAUUCUCCAGAAAUGGUGCGAGAGGGUUACUGAUGCGCGGAUCGCUUUUCCCCAAAUGGCUCCCAAAUUCCUUAGGUACGUCCUGAGUACCCUGACCGUUUCGGCGGAGGUAGGGUUUUCUCUCACCACCAGCGAACUCUUAGGGCUAUUUCGAGCCCGUGAUUCUGCGGCAGAGGGGAACCAAACUAUCCCCCGUCCAAUUGUUGACUUCUUAUCUUUCUUCCGAAUCGUUUCCGAGGGUGACACAAAUUGGAAUUCUUUCACCCUUCAACGUAUUCAUAAAGCGGGACUCGCUAUUAAGGAUGGUAAAACUCACCCUCUUGACCCUCCUCCUGAAGAGAAAGAUGUUUCGAGCUUGAAUGCUCGAGAUAAAAGAAAAAUUCAGGCUGAGAUUAAGGCUCUUAAGGAUCAAUUAUCCGAAAUUGGGAAAAAGAAGCGGAUAGCUGCAAUCUCCAAGGUUGGUAGCUUCCACAGGAAGACCCUCUUAGUUGAUAACGGUUCCUUAGAAGCGGCUUUGUCAAGUGCGGUGGAUUCUUAUGGAGCCGAUAUCUCUAACGACCCCAUAGUUGCCACCGCCAUUUGCUCUUCCGCACAAGAGAGGGAGAGAGAAGAAACUCCUCCUCUUUGCACAAAGAGGAAGGCUCCAGACUCGGAUACUUUAUCAAACGAGAGACUCAAAACUGUUAGAUUAAGUUCUCCGCCACGAGCCCCUAGCUUUCUGCAUUCUGUUUUCCCCUCUGUUGAACCUUCAGACUCUGAGCUCCCUUUUUCGGGAGACAGAGCAAUUCCAGAAGAAAUCGAUGAGCCGAGACCUGAGACUUCCCUGUCCCAAGGACUGAGUGUUAGGACUCAAAGCCCUUUAACCGCUUCGAUUUCUGAUGGAGAAGAGAUUGGAGACAUCUUCUGA